GAUUUUUGUUAAGAUGUUAUAAAUAUUUAUUAAGCUUCCAUGACGAUACCAUUUUAUUUAGUCGAGCUUAACCUCCGGUCACCACUCAGAAUUUCUACUCGCCAACCCUUCUUUAUCGUGAAGUUGGAAUGAUCCACAAACCGUAAAAGUUCUUACAUAUACAUACCAAUGUAUUGUCGUUCGAUGAAAUCAGCAGCGACUUUUCCAAAAAUCAUAAAACCUUCCUAUAAUACUCGCAGUCUUAACAUUACCUGUGCCAGAACAAUGACUAGCAACAGCAGCUCGCCACCAAAGUUCCCUCUACCAAAAAUUGCACCACUUCCUCGAUCCCUCUAUCCAACAACAUUCGAUUUCAAACCUUCAGAUUUCCAUCGACAAGAUGAAUCUCCGGAUACUGAAUGGUAUUCCCAACCAAGAUUUGUUCAGCACAUUGAUGACGGCGCUAUAGCCAUCCUGAAACACUACUAUUCCACCUUCAUCACGCCCAGAUCAUCGGUUCUAGAUAUCUGUUCAUCAUGGGUUUCGCAUUUACCUUCAUCCCUCAAACCAAUCUCCAUGAUAGGAAUUGGAAUGAACGAAGCCGAAUUACAUCGAAAUGAACAUCUCACCAAGUAUUUCGUCAAAGAUUUGAAUCUCGAUCCAACAUUGGAGGGAAUUGAGAAUGAUUCGAUGGACGUGGUGAUAUGUAAUGUAUCGGUGGAUUAUUUAACUCGGCCGAUUAAAGUCUUUGAGGAGAUGAAUAGAGUGUUGAAGGAAGGGGGGGAAGCUCACAUGGCUUUUAGCAAUCGAUGUUUUCCCACGAAGGUGGUGGGAAAAUGGAUGGGGAUGGAUGAUGAAGAGAGGAGGAAAUGGGUGGGAGGGUAUUUUUGGGCAAGUGGGGGGUGGGAGGAUGUUGAAGAGGUGGUAUUGAAGGAGGGGGGUGGGAGUGGAUUCCUGGGAUUGAGGGGAUAUGAAGAUCCAGUGUUUGUUGUGCGAGGGAGGAAGAUGAGACGGAUUUGAGAGGGGGAGGGUGUGGAUUUGACAGUGGGUUGUGAUAGAGAAGAAUGAACAAUGACCUGGGAUACGAAGAUCUGGUGUCUGUUGUGAGAAGGAGAGAUAAGAGGAGAGCUUGAGGGGGGGGGACUGUAUAUUAGUCGAUAUGGAUGGUGUGAAUGGUGUGAAUGGUGUGAAUAGUGUGAAUCGUAUGAAUCGUAUGAAUCGUGUAGCUCAACAAACGUCUAUGAUGGAAAAUGGCGGAUGAUAACAUUGACCCUCAAACCAUCUUGGCAGACAGGAAGACAAGAAGGAACAGAUGCAGUAAAGACUACAUCCUGUACCAAGGGAGUGUCGGAACCGACAGUCAUUAGAGAAUCCGAGCA